AUGGCGCAGAAGUCGAGCGACGGGAGAACUCUGGACGGGAAGCGGAAGCAGAAGACCAUGAGGAAGAAGCUGGCGCUUCUGCUGCCAAAGAAGAUGCUUCCGUGCUGCAAAGGGCCGUCAAUGAUCUAA